AUGAACCCGAAUGCUGCUCGAAGUGCCAUCUCCGCUGCACAUCGAGUUAGAACGAUAGCCGCAACCUGUAACAAAGGGACUAGGAUUUGUUCAACAUCCCGCACACUUGGAAGGGUCUAUAAUUCAUCUCUAUCCACAUCUACAUCGUCGUCUUCAACACCAUCUAUAGAGCAUAAUAUAUUCAAUGGAUCUACAACUAACCAUAAUUCCCACUCGUCCCAGUCCCAUGGACACAAACAACCGUUGGCGCACUAUCACAACCUAGUAGAAAGCGGGACACUAAGAGGAGACGAGCAUCAGACUCGUAUAAUACAGAAGCUACAAGAUUUACACGACGAGUUGAUGGAUUAUACUCCUCCACCUAUACCAGACGCAGAUCCUUCAAACUCUCUGAUUUCCCGUCUUUUCUCCCGAAACGAUCCGACUCCCAGUCAACCUCCUGAAGAUGUACCAAAGGGUCUAUACUUAUACGGAGACGUUGGAACAGGCAAAACGAUGCUCAUGGACUUGUUCUACUCAUCUCUUCCUCCAUACAUUCAACGUAAACGACGGGUGCACUUUCAUGCAUUCAUGAUCGAUGUCCACAAAAGGCUACACGCAGCCAAGAUAGCUAUGGGUUACAAAGGCGGUGAUCCAAUUAUACCGGUGGCAAGGGACCUUGCGAGGGAAGCGUAUGUUCUCUGCUUCGAUGAAUUUCAGGUGACUGAUAUAGCGGAUGCGAUGAUUCUAAGGCGCUUGUUAGAGAAUCUGUUAAAUUAUGGCGUCGUAGCUGUUAUAACUUCAAAUCGACAUCCGGAUGACCUUUACAAGAACGGCAUUCAGAGGUCAAGCUUUGUACCUGCCAUUGAGCUAUUGAAGAGUCGAUUUGAUGUCACUGACCUCGACUCGGGAACCGACUACCGCCGCGUACCUAGAGCCCUCUCCAAGGUCUACUACCAUCCAUUGACACCGUCGAACGCACUAGAAAUAGAGAAGAUUUUUAAAUCCAUGACGCAUCAUGAUGACAAGGAUCCCCCUGUCAAGAACCGCCAACUUACAAUCUGGGGUCGCAAGCUCAGCAUACCGGAAAGCACUAGCAAGGUUGCAAAGUUCAGAUUCGAUGAGUUGUGCGGGAAACCAUUGAGCGCAGCUGACUACCUCGAGAUAACAAAGACUUUUGGGACAUUGUUUGUCCUAGACGUCCCGAAAAUGGGGAUGGACAGUAAAGACAAGGCUCGGAGGUUCAUUACAUUUAUAGAUGCUUGCUAUGAGAGCAAGACGAAGCUUUUCGUCACUUCAGAAGUACCGGUAUUUCAAGUCUUUUCCGACGAAGACGCAGCUUCAGGAAAGCCCAUUUCUGACCACAUGCGUGGUAUAAUGGAUGAUCUGGGUAUUUCGCAAGACGUAGUGGGCAAAAGCUCGAUUUUCUCUGGUGAAGAGGAGUUGUUUGCUUUCGCUAGAGCCUGUUCACGUCUGGUACAGAUGGGAAGUAAAGAAUGGGUUGAUACUGCUGGCCAGCAUUAA